AUGUGCAUUGCAUUUGUAUCUUUUUCUCUUCUGCAUAUCUUCAUCCCCCCCUCUCCCCCACGCUCUUUCAAGAACCCCCGUCCCCUGUCCCCUCCGCCCACUAUGCUCACUCUCCUCGUCCUCCUCCCCCUUCUCGCCUUACUAUCGCCUCUCGUCUCAGCGUUCGGCAUCCAAAACUACCCUAAUCUGUUCUUUGCACCCGACCAGGUCGUCAACAAUGACUGGUUUCACUCGGAUGAAGCUGCAUGGCCGAGAAUGAUGUGCGAGAAUUGGUCGAGAGAGCUAUGGGCUUCGGCUCCAUGGUCCGUAACCAACAAGACAAUCACACCACCUUCUGGAGACAUGCGAGACUAUCUUUCCUUUGCCGUCUACUACUGGCCAGACUGCUCGGAAGCUGGAAACAUCACAGAGUUGGCGGACGAAGAAAUGUGGAACACGUGCAAGUAUGUCCGAAGAGAUGGUAUCUUCAACCCCGAUAUCUACCUCAUCCAAAAUCCCCAAGCCCUCAUCAACGUCUCCAACUAUGUCUACCUCGCCGCCCUCGCCUACGCUUCCACCGGCAACCCUGAAUACUCUGCCAACCUCGACCAUGCUCUCCACACCUUUUUCGUCAACGAAGAGACCAAGAUGAACCCCAACCUCAACUAUGCGCAGAUCGUUCGAGGUCCAGGCUACAGUGAAGGCAAGCAUACGGGAGUUCUCGACAUGACCGUCAUCGCCAAAAUUAUCAGCGGUGUCAACGUCAUGAAAGCGCUCAAGCCGGCGGAGUGGAGGCAGGUGACGGAGGAUGGGUUUCUUACGUGGGUGACUCAACAGAUCACCUGGAUGGAGACGAGUGAGCUCGCAUUGGAAGAAUUGGCGUCUCCCAACAACCACGCCACUUUUGCCUACAAUCAGCUUAGCGCGCUCUACGCUUUUGUUGGUAACAACGACAUGGCCAAGCAAGCUCUCGAAAAGUUCUACAACGGCGUAUAG